GUUACCAUGUCGGUGCAAUGGGAAAUUGUCCUAAUGAGCUUCAUUCUGUUCAGUACCGCCCAGGCUGGAGGAUAUUGUGGACCGAACAAGAUGUAUGCGUGUGUGCCCACGCUUUUUUGUAAAGAUGGUCGCAGCACGCAAAGAAAUCCCGCUGCUUAUUUCAACAGGCAGUGCUUUUCGUUUGAGACUUGCUGUGACGUUAAUAGGGUAAUUUAUGGAAUGCGGUACACUGGAGGAGAGUUCGAGCCUGGUCCAUACGAACAAUCCAGCGAGCCGUUCAACAAUGCAGGUGGAAAAACUUCUGGCACAAACAGUCAACAGUCAACUGGUAAUACGGGUGGAAAUAGUCCGACCUUGAAAAAAAAGGGCGGAGUGUCAUCUAUAACAAACAUUCAAAAUACUAAUAAUGGCGGAGGCAAAACUUUUACAACAAAUAGUCAAAUGCCUAGUUAUACGAUGAAUAGUCAGCCAUCCAAUAACGCAGUUGGAAAAACCACUACUGCAAACAAUCAGGCACCCAGUGAAUCAGAUGGAAAAACAUUAACACACAGUACAAAUUUCCAUGCUCAUAAUUAUCUUAACAAUAAUUCCGGAAAAACUAAUUUAGGAAACCCACCUACGGCUAAUACUAAAAAUACAAAUAGUCCAACUUAUCAUCAUUAUCAAAAUGUUAAUUACAAUCCCAGUGGUAAUGCAGGCAGCGAUGUUGGAGUUUAUAGACAGUCUUGAAACAUUUAACUAAUAAUGCACAAAAUAUAACACAAAUUAAAGAUUAUUCAUAAAUUAAAGAUAAGCAAGAAAGCGAUUCGAAACUUUUAAUAAAUAAAUACAUAUUAAACAGCAGUAGACAUGGACCAACGCUAAAAAAAACUGGUGAAACCUUCACUCGAUUCGAGAAAUGAAAAGUGCGGUCUGAAAACCGUCUGGAAAACGGGCGAAAGCGAUGGAGAGAAAGGUCAGCUAGACCGCUGCAGCUGUCACCAUUGACAGGAAGUCAAAAGUUAGCGUCCCCCAAAAGCGGAACUGAAACUGACAGCAACAAACACACUCACCCACUCGCCUCAAGGACAGCCGAAAAGAAAAUCAAGGCAUGACAGAAAUAAAGGACAAAUAUCUAUAAGAAAAUAAAAACCGAAAUUUGAUUUCCACAGACAAGUAAAAUAUUUUUUACCCCAUCCUCCCCAUCUAUCGAACCUAUGCCCGCUGCUGAAACCAAAAGAAAUUUUAAUAUAAGAAAAAAAGGAAAGCAGGAAAAGAAAAUAGAAGGACGUUCCGAGUGCGUUUUCCAGCUGUUUCCCUUCAACGAGAAUUUGUCAUUUCUUCUUUUUCGUAUUUCCCUGUCUCAUUCUAAGCUUGUUUGCAUGUGUUUCUCAGUCUGUUUGUGGUUUGUCCUUCCUUUGUUAUUUAUUAUUGUUUUUCAACAGGAAAUUCGUUUCCCUUGUUGUUUUGCUUCCU